AGCUUCCGUUGCAUGAACAAAGAAAGAGAUUCUGCUCACUUGUUGUGCACCACAGAAGCAGCGGAGUAUACAUACGUAAAAAAGAAUCUUCAAAAGAGCUGCCAAUGUUGAACGCUUCCGAGUUCAACGCUGUCGUGGGCAGCGCCGUGGGCAACGGUGUCAUCAUGGCGCUGGUAUUGGACGCCUCCGGCAACGCCAUCGCCACCGCCUUCAGCGGCACGGCGGCGGAGAAGGAGGUUAUAUACGCUGCCGUCGUCGCCGCCACGGCGAACAUGUGGCGUGCCUACGCGCGAAGCAGCUUGGCGACGAAUACGCUGAACCUAGAGCUAGAGACGGAAUCACUCGAGCAGAUGAUUGUGGUGUUUCCCGACAAGAAAAUAUGUGCCAUGUCGGUAGCGGAUACGGCGGUGGUCUCGCUGGUGUCGCUGGACGACGCCGUAACGGAGGGAUUCCUGAAACUCAAAACGGCUGCCCUGCAACGCAAACUGGAUCGCCUUCUCCGACCCGUCGUGGUGGAAUGA